AUGAGAGAAAUAGUUCAUAUUCAGGCAGGCCAAUGUGGUAACCAAAUUGGUUCUAAAUUUUGGGAAGUUAUUUCAGAUGAACAUGGUAUUGAUGCUAGUGGAAAUUAUGAAGGUGAUUCAGAUCUUCAAUUAGAACGUAUUAACGUUUAUUAUAAUGAAGCAUCAACUAAAAAAUAUGUACCAAGAGCUGUUUUAGUUGACUUGGAACCAGGAACUAUGGAUUCUGUUAGAUCUGGUCCAUUUGGACAAUUAUUUCGCCCUGACAACUAUAUUUUUGGUCAAUCUGGUGCUGGAAAUAAUUGGGCUAAAGGUCAUUAUACUGAAGGAGCUGAGUUAGUUGAUAAUGUAUUAGAUGUUGUAAGAAAAGAAGCUGAAAGUUGUGAUUGUCUUCAAGGUUUUCAAUUGACUCAUUCUCUAGGUGGUGGUACAGGUUCAGGACUUGGAACAUUAUUAAUAUCAAAAAUUAGAGAAGAAUAUCCUGAUAGAAUUAUGACAACAUUUUCUGUUGUACCAUCACCAAAAGUUUCUGAUACUGUUGUUGAACCAUACAAUGCUACAUUAUCUGUUCAUCAACUUGUAGAAAAUACUGAUGAAACAUUUUGUAUUGAUAAUGAAGCUUUAUAUGACAUUUGUUUUAGAACAUUAAAACUUCAAACACCAACAUAUGGAGAUCUUAAUCAUCUUGUUUCAGCAACAAUGUCUGGUGUUACAACAUGUCUAAGAUUUCCUGGGCAACUUAAUGCUGAUCUUCGUAAACUUGCCGUUAAUAUGGUUCCUUUCCCAAGACUUCAUUUCUUUAUGCCUGGUUUUGCACCACUUACAUCACGUUCUAAUCAAAGUUAUCGUGCAGUUACUGUUGCUGAAUUGACACAACAGAUGUUUGAUGCUAAAAAUAUGAUGGCAGCAUGUGAUCCAAGACAUGGUAGAUAUCUCACUGCUGCUGCAAUAUUUAGAGGAAGAAUGUCUAUGAGAGAAGUUGAUGAGAAUAUGCUUAAUAUACAAAAUAAAAAUAGUUCAUAUUUUGUUGAUUGGAUACCAAAUAAUGUAAAAACUGCUGUUUGUGAUAUUCCACCAAGAGGUCUUAAAAUGUCUGCAACAUUUAUUGGUAAUUCAACAGCUAUUCAAGAGUUGUUUAAAAGAAUUUCUGAACAAUUUACUGCUAUGUUUAGAAGAAAAGCUUUCCUUCAUUGGUAUACUGGUGAAGGUAUGGAUGAGAUGGAAUUUACUGAAGCUGAAUCAAAUAUGAAUGAUCUUGUUUCUGAAUAUCAACAAUAUCAAGAAGCUGCAGCUGAAGAGGAAGUUGGAAUUGAUACAUUUGAAACAGAAUAA